GUAGAAGUACAUCAGCCUCGGCCACCAGCAUGACCAGCCAGUCCCAAGGAAUCCAACAGCUUUUGCAGGCAGAAAAACGUGCCAAGGACAAGCUGGAGGAAGCCAAAAAGAGAAAGGGAAAGAGACUGAAGCAGGCCAAAGAAGAAGCCAUAGCUGAGAUAGACCAUUACCGGCUGCAGAGGGAGAAGGAGUUCAGGAACAAGCAAAUGAACGUAAUGGGCUCCCAAGGUAACCUCUCUGCUCAGCUAGAGGAGCAAACAACAGAAACCAUCCGAAACCUCACCAGCAGCUACCAGAAGAACAAGGAGAGCACGAUGAAAAAGCUUUUGAACAUAAUAUAUGAUGUCAAGCCCGAAGUCCACCCAAACUUCAGAUAUGCAGCUUAAGAUCGACUAUAUCUAGGGAAGGAUGUUUGUAAAAAGUAGCCUUGUUUCUUAAUAACCACAGAUAGUUCCUCCUCCAUUGUUUCUGAAUGUGUGAGAGAAAACAAUAAAGCCGGAAGUGUACAUUUCCACAAAGGUUUUGAUGUGAUGACAACCAUGCAGGGUUUCACAAGCAUUUGUUGGAAUAGUGUUGGUCCCUGUUGGUAGCCAAGCCCCUGCCAUUUGAACGGGUGCAAGUCAAUAACUGCAGAAGAAAUGACUAUUUGACACCAGCAGCUUUUCAGUGGGAGUCUCUCUCAUAUCAAAUGUUCUGUACUAAACAGGUUGUUGCAUAAUGCCUGUUUAUCCCAAUCUUUAGUGUACUUCAAGUCACGUGAAAUAGAAUACCACAAGAAAUAAAAACAAGGCAUUUCUAUUUAGAUUGUGACACAUGUAGCAGUCAGGUUAUGGAAUAUAUAGGAACCGUCAGUUUUUGGUCAAAAAUAAGACUUCAGAACAAUUUGAUUUUUUUUUAUCCUAAUUUAAAGCAAAAUAUAGAUAUCUUGGGCAGAGUUAUGUUCAAAAAGCCAUAUUCAAAUUACCAUCCUGUUGUUUAAAUACAUCACAGGCUUUAUAAAAGGUUUUUUAAGUCUGAAAAAUGACAACAGCAGCAAUCAUUUAUACAUUUGCCUAUGUUCAAGGUGCACCCUAGCAUGCCCAUCAUUACCUAUACAGUUACAUCAAAAGCACAGACAUCCAUCAGCUCAGACUGUACCUCUGCUACGCUAUCUAGUCCCUUAUUCCACAAGAAGUUCAUGGAAAUCCAGUCGGUCAGGGCUCACUUACUGCUACCUGAAAUGACCCUGAGCAACACUUCUUUCCACGAUGGCACACAUUUCCCUUGAAAUAAAUUUUUCUCAAGUUAGGAAAGUA